AUGUCACAGGAGCUUGCUGGGUUUAAGGAUUUAAAAGUAUCCAUUGAAAAAAAUUCUUCAAAUGAUAAAAUCUCUAAUGGUAAAAACGGUAUACCUAAUCAAUCUAUAACUAAACCUAUCACGGUAGAUUCUAAUACUGGGGAAGUAAUAGUGAAAACGGUCACAGGGAAAAAACGUAUUAGAAAAGGUCAAUCAUUGGAGCAAUAUGAAGAACAAUUACAACAUUUUUAUGAAGUUGAGAAAGGUCCAACAUGGACUCCGAUAGGCUGGAUGGAUUCAAAUGAAAAAUUUGAAAAUUCGUUAAACACUUUGGAUUUAGAAAUAAAACAUAAUAGAUUAUUAUUGAUGGGUUUCAUACAUCGGUGGUAUUAUAAUCGUGAUUAUUUAAUAUGUUUAAAAGCAUGCAAUGAAAUCGAACAAAAAUAUAAGACAUUACAAUAUAGUGAGAAAAAGAUGAAAAGAGAAAUUGAUGAACUCGACCAUGUAAUAAAGAAAUGUACUACUCUUAUAGAGAAUAAAUCAAUAUGA